GGCAUAGUAGAAAAGAGCCAUUAUGUUUAUGUGUCUGAGCAAGAUUAUUGUUCUGUGAUAAGAUCUGAUUCUGUUAAUAUUUGACUCCAGUUGAUCAUGUUGAGUCUAAAGUUCAGAUCACAACAGUUAUUUGAUCAGACACAUCAUAUUUCCUUCAGAUAACACUUGAGAAAACGUUGUACUCUGUUUCCUGUUCAAAGCAACAGAAUAACUUCACAGACGCUCAACAGCUUCAUGACGAUUAUUUCUUACCAUCAGAAGCAGGUGGCGCUCGGCUAUGAAUCAGAUCAUGGACAGUGAAGAGGAAGCUCCGCCCUCUAAAAAAGCUCUGUGUGAGGAACAUGGCGGUCAGAGGAGGAUCCAUCAACAGAGACUAGACUCUGCUGGACCUGGACCCAGCUGUGUCUCCAUGUCGAGUGACUGCUCCAUGGGUCAACCUGUGGACGUCAAACAAGAACAGAGAUCAUUCAUGAGAUCAGUCUAUAAGAAAAAAUCAUGGAGGAGGGUCCAUCAACAGGGACCAGACUCUGCCAGUCCUGGACCUGGACCCAGCUGUGUGUCCAUGAAGAGUGACCAGUCUAUAGGUCGUCUUAUUGACUUCGGAGAGACUCAGAGAAUUAAGAAUCAACAUGAAAAACAAGACUUUCCAGGACCUGGACCCAGCUGUGUGUCCAUGAAGAGUGACCAAUCUAUCGGUCGUCUUAUUGACUUCAAGGAUGGACAAAAACAUGGUGAACUGAUAGUUGAUCAGCAGAGGACAGAGGUUCUCAGCGGUCAGUCUGUCCAGCAGCAUCAAGCAGACCUGGACUCCGUAUUUAAGCUGCUGGAGGAGAACAUCAUCUGCUUUGUGAAGAACGAGCUGAAGACCAUCCAGAAGGUUCUGGGUACAGAUCACACAAAAGUCUCAGAGAGUUGGGAAGAAGAUAGAGACUUGUUGGAUGGUGAGGAUGAGGAGCAGAGGAGGAGCAGAGAGGCCUUUCUGAAGCUCACAGAUAACUUCUUGAGGAGGAUGAAGCAGGAGAAGCUAGCUGACUGUCUACAGAGAAAAACCAGAGCUCCAUCUGAACGUAAACUCAAAUCAAACCUAAAGAAGAAGUUCCAGUGUUUGUUUGAGGGUGUGGCUAAAGCAGGAAACCCCACCCUUCUUAAUGAGAUAUUCACAGAGCUUUACAUCACAGAGGGAGGGACUGGAGAGGUCAACGAAGAACAUGAGGUCAGACAGAUUGAAAAAGCUUCCUGGAAACCAGACAGACCAGAAACAACCAUCAGACAAGAAGACAUCUUCAAAGCCUCAGCUGGAAGAAACAGACCAAUCAGAAGAGUGAUGACAAAGGGAGUGGCUGGCAUUGGGAAAACAGUCUUAACACAGAAGUUCACUCUGGACUGGGCUGAAGACAAAACCAACCAGGAUAUACAGUUCAUGUUUCCCUUCACCUUCAGAGAGCUGAAUGUGCUGAAAGAGAAGAAAUACAGUUUGGUAGAACUCAUCCAUCACUUCUUCACUGAAACCAAAGAAGCAGGAAUCUGCAGGUUUGAAGACUUUAGGGUGGUCUUCAUCUCUGAUGGUCUGGAUGAGUGUCGACUUCCUCUGGACUUCCACAACACUGAGAUCCUGACUGAUGUCACAGCGUCCACCUCAGUGGACGUGCUGCUGACAAACCUCAUCAGAGGGAAACUGCUUCCCUCUGCUCGCCUCUGGAUAACCACACGACCUGCAGCAGCCAAUCAGAUCCCUCCUGACUGUGUUGACAUGGUGACAGAGGUCAGAGGGUUCACAGACCCACAGAAGGAGGACUACUUCAGGAAGAGGUUCAGAGAUGAAGAGCAGGCCAAGAGGAUCAUCUCCCACAUCCAGACAUCACGAAGCCUCCACAUCAUGUGCCACAUCCCAGUCUUCUGCUGGAUCACUGCAACUGUUCUGGAGAACAUGUUGAAACCCAGAGAUGGAGAAGAACUGCCCAAGACCCUGACUGAGAUGUACAUCCACUUCCUGGUGGUUCAGUCCAAAGUGAAGGUCAAAUAUGAUGGAGGAGCUGAGACAGAUCCACACUGGAGUCUAGAGAACAGGAUGAUGGUUGAGUCUCUGGGGAAACUGGCUUUUGAGCAGCUGCAGAAAGGAAACCUGAUCUUCUAUAAAUCAGACUUGACAGAGUGUGGCAUCGAUAUCACAGCUGCUUCAGUUUACUCAGGAGUCUUCACUCAGAUCUUUAAAGAGGAGAGAGGCCUGUACCAGGACAAGGUCUUCUGCUUUGUCCAUCUGAGUGUUCAAGAGUUUCUGGCUGCUCUUCAUGUCCAUCUGACCUUCAUCACCUCUGGAACAAAUCUUUUGUCAGAAAAACCAACAAUGAGCCAGACACUGUUUGGAAACAACCCUGAACUGAAUCAUCUGCACCAGAGUGCUGUGGACAAGGCCUUACUGAGUCCAAAUGGACACCUGGACUUGUUCCUCCGCUUCCUCUUGGGUCUUUCAAUGAAGACCAAUCAGAAGCUCUUAAGAGGUCUACUGACACAAACAGGAAGUGAUUCACAGACCAAUCAGAAAACAGUUAAAUACAUUAAGAGGAGGAUAAUCAGUGAGAAUCUGUCAGCAGAGAGAAGCAUCAACCUGUUCCACUGUCUGAAUGAACUGAACCACUGUUCUCUUGUAAAGGAGAUCCAAGAGUCCCUGAGAUCUGGACAUCUGUCCACAAAGACACUGUCUCGUGCUCAGUGGUCAGCUCUGGUCUUCAUCUUACUGUCAUCAGGAAAAGAUCUGGAAGAUUUUGACCUGAAGAAAUACUCUGCUUCAGAGGAGGCUCUUCUGAAGCUGGUGCCAGUGGUCAAAGCCUCCAACAAAGCUCUACUGAGUGACUGUAACCUCUCAGAGAGGAGCUGUGAAGCUCUGUCCUCGGUCCUCAGCUCUCUCUCCUCUAGUCUGAGACACCUGGACCUAAGAAACAAUGACCUGCAGGAUUCAGGAGUGAAGCUGCUGUGUGAUGGACUGAAGAGUCCUCACUGUUCUCUGGAGACUCUCAGUCUGUCAGGCUGUCUGGUCACAGAGGAAGGAUGUUCUUCUCUGACCUCAGCUCUGAAUUCCAACCCCUCCCAUCUGAGAGAACUGGACCUGAGCUACAAUCAUCCAGGAGACUCAGGAAAGAAGCUACUGUAUGCUGGACUGAAUAGUCCACGCUGGAGACUGGACACUCUCAGGAUGGACCAUGUUGGAGAGCGGUGGUUAAAACCUGGUCUCAGGAAGUAUUCAUGUGAACUGGAACCAGAUACAAACACAAUGAACAGAAAACUCCAACUGUCUGACGACAACAGGAAAGUGACCUGUGUGACAGAAGAUCAGUCGUAUCCUGAUCAUCCAGACAGAUUUGAGUUCUAUCCUCAGCUGCUGUGUAGAACUGGUCUCACUGGUCGCUGUUACUGGGAGGUCGAGUGGAGAGGAGAUGUUUUUAUAUCACUGAGUUACAGAGGAAUCAAGAGGAAAGUAAACGGUUCUGACUGUUGGUUUGGACAUAAUGAUCAGUCCUGGAGUCUGAUCUGCUCUGAUGAUCAUGGUUACUCUGUCCAUCACUGUAGAGCAGUAACACACAUCAGGUCAUCCUCUGUCUCUCACAGAAUAUCAGUGUAUGUGGACUGUCCUGCUGGGACUCUGUCCUUCUACAGCGUCUCCUCUGACUCACUGAUCCACCUCCACACCUUCAGGACCACAUUCACUGAACCGGUUUAUCCUGGGUUCUAUAUCUCUCGUGGUUCCUCGGUGUCUCUGUGUUCUCUGUAGGACAUGAAGAGACAGCAGCUUCAGUGGUGUGGUGGACGAGGUCUCACUGUUUAUAAUCUGAUAAUCUGAAAAAUUAUUUGUUUAUUAUUUGUUUUGUACAAAUGUAAAAUAAUAUUAGACAUGGCUGUAAAUGAGUCACUACACGUUGGCUCACACCUGAUAUUGUGAUAAAU